AUGUGCGAUGCUUCUGAUAGUGAUGUGUUCAAAUUGGCAAGAUCUGUGUCCAUAACUCUGCAGGGUUAUCACGAACGGGUCGAAGGAAUUCUGCGAGACAUCCCACCAAGUUACUACCCUCUCGUAUAUGGGAUGAUCCUUUGUGUGAUGGCUGUUGUGGCAUCGCAUGUGAGUUUCAUCAAUGUAACUAAGGCCUAUCCAGCGAGAAAUCCCAUUCUUUUUUGUAAGAGCAAGAACAGUGAUAAGAGCUUCACAUUGAUGCAGUUGAUCAAUGCUAAGGUGCCAGCACUAAGAGACCACGCCGUGACUCUAUUCAAUCCUCUAUUGUUCUCCGGUAACUUGCAGACCAUGUUUGCCGGUAUUCGCAAGUUCCGAUUCAUUGACAGGCUCUAUUUUGGUCGCCAGAUGUUACAUAUGGCAGACGGAGGUUCUGCUUCUUUGGAUAAGGUGAUAACAGAAGAUCGGUUUAAGAGUGUGAAAGUCGAUGACUGUGAUGUUCCUCCAAACCAGAAAAAGUAUGUUAAUUCCACUACCAGGUAUUUAACCAAGAGGGAGAUUGUUGAACAACAUUCUGAUGACAAUAAGCCGAUGAUUUUGGCACUUCAUGGUCUUUCUGGCUCUUCAGCAGAGGCCUACUGUCGCUGUUUGUUCAGUAGAUUGUACCACAUAGAGUCGUUUGAAUGCUUUGUAUUGAACUCUCGAGGCUGUGGCAAUACGGAACUUACUUCUCCAUCCCUUUUCUGUGCACUUUGGACUGAGGACAUCCAUACUGCAGUGAGAUUUCUUAAGAAGAACUAUCCGAAUCGACCCCUUUUCGCUGUGGGAUUUUCAUUAGGCUCUGUGAUAUUGACUAACUAUCUUGCCCAAGAAGGAAUUCAAUCGCAGAUUGAUUUUGCAGUAACUUUGGCCUGUAUUUGGGAUCUGAGAGCUUCUUCUUAUGCAUUAGAAAAUGGCAUCGUCUCCGGAAACUUGUAUAGUCCUGUUAUGACCCUGCCUCUUUUGGGAUUACUCUCUAAACAUAAGAAGGAACUUAUGAAGAAUAAGACUUUUGCCAAAAAUUAUACUUCAAAGACUUCAAGUCAUGUACACAGUUUAUGUCAAUUCGACGAUUAUUUCACCUCUCAAUUGUUUGGGUUUAGCUGUGCCGAUGAAUACUAUCUCUACGCUUCUCCCAUUAUGCGAAUGAACAAUAUUAGAACUCCACUUCUCAAUAUUAAUUCUGAGGAUGAUCCCAUUGCCGGAAGCUUGAAAGUAGGGGCUAUUCCGUUGAAAAGAGCUGAAAAUAAUCCGUACAUUACAAUCAUAACUACCAAUUUAGGUGGACAUUUAGGUUGGUUCAAAUGGAACAACGAUCGCUGGUAUGCGGAUCCCGUCAGUAGUCUUAUGGGGCAUUUGUACAGGAGCCACUUUACAGAAUCACAACCUUAUGUUCAGGUGGAUCAAUGCAAACUAUCGAGAACUCCUUUAGAAAAUGACCGGUUACCGGUGUGUCAUAUUUAA